UCAUCGGCUUUUGGGAGAUCGGCGAAGACUGCUUGUUUUGACUCACCGCUGUAGCUGAUCACGUGAUCGGCGCGGCACGUGUGAAGCGGAUGUACACGUGCGACGGAGCACAAGAAAACCAUGGAAGCCACGCAACAAAGAACAAAGCCCCUGAGAAUUGAGAUCCCAUUCUAUGAGCAAUCGGUAUCAGCAGAACCACGGAUAGUCCCAAACAUCUUCCGAACGAUCGACGAGAUGCCUGGUCGUGACGAUGCACCUGAACUAGCCUCUUUGGAUCCAUUUGAAACUGAUGAUGCACAGUCCCCGCCGUCAGAUUAUUCAUCAUGCAAUGAAUCCGAGUUUGAAAAGUACUGCAGUGCGAAUUCGGUCAUGGGAACCCCGUCAGUCUGUAGUUCUUUUGGGGACUGUAAUGAAUUUUUGGAUCUUGAAUCAGAUUCUUUGAGGCAUUCUCUUGAUGCGGAAGAUAAAACUAAAGAGAAAUUGCUCUUUAGUGGAUAUGCACGUGAUGGGAAGAGUGGCAGGUUACAUGGAAGAGUUGACACUAGGAACUUCAGGGUUUCUGGAAAUAGGGACUUCACUCGAGGUGUUUCAAGCGUGUCCAAUGUUCUCUAUGGUGGACAAGCGGGCAGUUUCCGUAUGGCUACCCAGAGUCAGGUCACAGCAAAGAUGGACUUCAUGGAAGAACUGAAGGUGCCCUUAAGAACUGUGGAGAGACAUGAUUCAUCAGUUAGCUUCUCAGACAAAUCUCCUUCACCUAGUGAUUCAUACGAUGGGGAUUUUGAUGAAAUAAAGGAGACCUCAAAUUGUGCUUCACCUGAGAAGGAAAGCAAUUGUAUAAGCACUCACUCUGGAAGCAACCUUUCAAGGUCUACUUUGUUAAAGUUAAAGCAAGAUGAUGGCAGCCAUGACACUAUAGUUGCUGGUCUCUUGUCAGGAGAAGGGAUGGAAGGACUAAAGAUGGAUAGCGAGCACUCAUCUGAAUAUGGAAGUUCAGAUGCAGAAGAUUCUAACCUUGAUCCUGGGACAGAUGAUGAGAAGAGAGUUUUUGUAUAUGCAAGGGAGGAUUUGCAACGUCAUGAGGAAAACACAAACCCAUUGCUUAUGAAUUCUAUAGUAGCUUUUGGAUCUGAUGAUUGGAAUCAAUUUGUGCUGGAGACAGGGGAUUCUGAUCCAUUUUCUAUAAGUGGAAUGGACCCUUUACAAAUGAUAGAGUCUGGCUUUGAUGUUCUAUCUAAAGAAUGCAAACAAAGUGAUCCUUCACGACCCCAGUUUGGGGUUUCUAGGAUGAAUGAAUCUAGACAAUUUGGUGCUUCUAUGGAACAGCUUCAUGUUAUACCAUUCAUCAACUCUACCGACCAUUGUAUUGAUGAUGAUCCUUGCAGCCAUCAAGGCACAAAUGCGACAACUAGCACAACUAAGAAUAAGACUGAUGCUACUUUACAGAUGGAUUUACAAAGUUGCAUAGAUGGAAGAGUUUCCACUGAAUUGGACUCACAAUGGUGCAAGCCUCUAUCGAAAGUGAAUAAUAGGGAGGAAUCGGUUGCUGUAAACAGUGCAAUUCUGCCAGCAAAUUGUCACUUUGAUUCUGUUGAGGCAUCUAAGAAGGUGCUUCAGUACAAUUUAGAUGAGAAACUUGGAAGUUAUAAUGAGAGUUCAGCGAAGCACUUCUCUGGUUCUACAAUUUUCUUGGAUAGUCUCCCAGAUGUUAGACUUUCUGAACCUACAAUAAAUGGAAGAGUUUCUACUGGAUUAGACUCACAGCAGUGCAAGCCUAUACCCGAAGUAAAUAACGAGGAAGAACCAGUUGCCAUAAGAGAUGGAAUUCCACCAGAAAAUUAUCACCUUGAUUCUGUUGAGGUAUCUAAGAAGGUGCUUUGGUGCAAUUUAGAUGAGAAACUUGGAGGUUAUGAUGAGAGUUCAGCAAAGCACUUUUCUGGUUCUACAAUUUCUUUGGGUACUCUCCCAGAUGUUAGAGUUUCUGACCCUGCAAUGAACAGAAGACAGAAGGGAAAAGAGUUGCCAGGGGCUCAUGUAUUCAGUGAUUCCACAAUCAUUACAGGACAACUGAAGCAAAAAUCUCAACAGUGCCUUCAUGGUGAUAGUCUUGAUCCAAAUGAGGUUGGUAAACUUGAUGUGAACGAGUCCUAUGAUGAUAUGGUUCAGGACAUGGAGUCAGUCUUAUUAGAGUCAGUUGAGCCUCAUGGGGCUAUCUUUUCUCCGGUUGGCCAGGGGGGUUCAUCUCAUCCAUCUCAAGUUCAACCUUGUAGAGAUGGGAGUUCUACUGCUUCUACAUCAGGUGUCAUUGAUGUAUGCUCUUCAAAGCUAUAUAUCAACAAGAUUGACUGGAUUGAAGUAGUAGGUGCCAAGCAGAAGAGGGGAGAAGUUUCAUUUGGGGAGCGGUUGGUUGGUGUUAAGGAAUAUACUGUGUACAUAAUCAGAGUUUGGAGUGGCAAGAACCACUGGGAGGUUGAACACCGGUACCGUGAUUUCUUUACACUUUAUCGUCAAUUGAAGAUAUUUUUCAAGGACCAUGGGCUAACUCUUCCUUCUCCAUGGGUCAAUGUUGAGCGGGAAUCUCGAAAGAUAUUUGGAAAUGCUUCCCCUGAUGUUAUCAAUGAAAGAAGUGCUUUAAUCCAAGAGUGCCUAAGAAGCAUUCUCUACACUGAAACUCAUGUAGGAAUACCUAAUUCAUUUGUUUGGUUUUUAUCACAAGAAAAUACUAAUGCAGCUUCCUUGUUAAGUACUUUGACCUCUGUUUCUGCCCGUAAUCUUGGAAACAAUCAAGAAGCAUCAUUUUAUGGUGAUCCAUAUAUAGGUGGAGUUUCCUCUUUAGGGAAAACCAUAUCUUUGGUUGUUGAAAUUCACCCUAGUAAGUCCAUGAAGCAGUUGCUGGAGGCACAACACUAUAAAUGUGCAGGUUGUUACAAACAUUUGGAUGUCAAGAAAAGCCUCAUGUUAGAAUUUGCACAAUCACUUGGCUGGGGAAAGCUUCGUCUUUGUGAAUAUACUGGUCAAUUGUUCUGCUCUGCCUGUCAUUCAAAUGAUACUGCAGUUUUACCGGCUAGAGUAUUGCAACAUUGGGACUUCUCUUUGUGCCCUGUUUCUCAGUUGGCUAAGGCAUAUCUAGACUCCAUUUAUGAUCAGCCAAUGCUUUGUGUUAGUGCAGUUAAUCCAUACCUCUUUUCAAAGGUCCCACCUUUGCUCCAUGUUAUGGGAAUCAGAAAAAAGGUAGCAGCAAUGCUUCAAUGUGUUCGCUGUCCCUUCCGUAGGUCCAUUGAACGAAGUCUUGGGUCACGGAGAUAUCUUAUUGAAAGCAAUGAUUUCUUUGCUCUUCGGGACCUUGUAGAUCUUUCAAAAGGUGCCUUUGCAGCACUGCCAGUUAUGAUGGAUACGCUAUCAAGCAAGACUCUAGAGCACAUCACACAACAAUGUCUUCUGUGCUGUGAUGUUGGUGAGCCAUGUGGUGCUCGUUUGGCGUGUGAUGAUCCAUCUUCACUUAUAUUUCCCUUUCAGGAAAGUGACGUAGCUCAUUGCAGCUCUUGUGGGUCAGUUUUUCAUCAUCACUGCUUUGAGAAGCUUCCAAGCUGCCCUUGUGGCAUCGCUGCUGGUGGGCUGAAGCCAACAACUGACUCUUUACAAGAUCAAAAGCAUGGACCAGGCAAUGAACUUGGUAACAUUCCAGAUUUGUCUCUGAAGAACAACAAUUCAAGAUCAGCUGCAAGUGUCUUGUCUAAUUUAUUUUCAAAAGUGAAGUUUGAAAGUCCAUGGAAAGGUAGAAGUGACCCUGUUAUUCUAAUGGGCUCUUUGUCUAGUCUGCCCCCUUAAUGGGGAUGAAAGGAAAGAAGGUAUAUGCAAAUUGUGCUGGAUAAUUGAGAUUCAUUGUAAUGGGAUUAUAUUUAGUUUGUUGUGAUUGUACUAUAUCAUAUUUAUUUUGUAUCAUUUGUAUCAUUAUAUGUAAAGUAAUACCACAUCUUGUUUGUAAGUAUUGCACUUAAUAAAGGUCAAUGAUCUCUAAGUCUUCAA